GCGCGCGGCUGAUACCCGGGGACUGGGCUGCGGCGGUUAGUCCUCUCCCGGCCGCCGUCGCCUCCGACAUAUUGCCCGCAGGAGCUGCGGCGGCGGAGCGGAGAGCGCCGGGGGGAGGAGAUGGGAGGACGAAGAGGUCCCAACAGGACAUCCUACUGUCGAAAUCCUCUGUGUGAGCCAGGAUCUUCAGGGGGCUCUGGUGGGGGCCAUACUUCCAGUGCAUCGGUCACCAGUGUCCGUUCGCGCACCAGGAGCAGUUCUGGGACAGGCCUCUCCAGCCCGCCACUGGCCACCCAGACGGUUGUGCCCCUCCAGCACUGCAAGAUCCCCGAAUUGCCAGUCCAGGCCAGCAUUCUGUUUGAGUUGCAGCUCUUCUUCUGCCAGCUCAUAGCCCUCUUCGUUCACUACAUCAACAUCUACAAGACAGUGUGGUGGUAUCCGCCCUCCCACCCACCCUCCCACACCUCCCUGAAUUUCCACCUGAUCGACUUCAACUUGCUGAUGGUGACCACCAUCGUUCUGGGCCGCCGCUUCAUUGGGUCCAUCGUGAAGGAGGCUUCUCAGAGGGGGAAGGUCUCCCUCUUUCGCUCCGUCCUGCUGUUCCUCACCCGCUUCACCGUUCUCACGGCAACAGGCUGGAGUCUGUGCCGCUCCCUCAUCCACCUCUUCAGGACCUACUCCUUCCUGAACCUCCUGUUCCUCUGCUAUCCGUUUGGGAUGUACAUUCCGUUCCUGCAGCUGAACUGUGACCUCCGCAAGACGAACCUCUUCAGCCACAUGACCUCCAUGGGUCCCCGGGAGGCGGUGAGUGGCCUGGCGCGGAGCCGGGACUACCUGCUGACACUGAGGGAGACGUGGAAGCAGCACACACGGCAGCUGUAUGGGCCAGACGCCAUGCCCACACACGCUUGCUGCCUGUCCCCUAGUCUCAUCCGCAGCGAGGUGGAGUUUCUCAAGAUGGACUUCAACUGGCGCAUGAAGGAAGUGCUGGUCAGCUCCAUGCUGAGCGCCUAUUAUGUGGCCUUUGUGCCUGUCUGGUUCGUGAAGAACACACAUUACUAUGACAAGCGCUGGUCCUGUGAGCUCUUCCUGCUGGUGUCCGUCAGCACCUCAGUGAUCCUCAUGCAGCACCUGCUGCCUGCCAGCUACUGUGACCUCCUGCACAAGGCCGCUGCCCACCUGGGCUGCUGGCAGAAGGUGGACCCAGCGCUGUGCUCCAACGUGCUGCAGCACCCGUGGACAGAAGAAUGCAUGUGGCCACAGGGCGUGCUGGUGAAGCACAGCAAGAACGUCUACAAAGCCGUGGGCCACUACAACGUGGCCAUCCCCUCGGAUGUCUCCCACUUCCGCUUCCACUUCUUUUUCAGCAAACCCCUGCGGAUCCUCAACAUCCUUCUGCUGCUGGAGGGUGCUGUCAUUGUCUACCAGCUAUACUCCUUAAUGUCUUCUGAAAAGUGGCACCAGACGAUCUCCCUGGCGCUCAUCCUCUUCAGCAACUACUAUGCCUUCUUCAAGCUGCUGCGGGACCGCUUGGUAUUGGGCAAGGCCUACUCCUACUCGGCCAGCCCUCAGAGGGACCUGGACCACCGGUUCUCCUAAGCCCCAGGGUGACCCCAGGGACAGCAUCCAGGCUUCAGCCAGGGGCUCUCUGGGAAGGGGCAGUUGGGGAGGGUUGGGUGAGGGGCAAAAAACCCCACAAAAACAGACAAAAAAAUUCACCAGAGCUUUGUAUUUUUGUUACAUACUGUUUGUUUCUUUGAUAAUUGAUGUGAUUAUGGGGGGGGGGAAAAAAGUCCUAUUUUUAUACUCCCAUUAAGCCUGUGUGUCCUUUGUUUCUUUCCCUUCUUCUUGCCUAUCAGGUAGAGAGCAGAUGUUAGAGGUUAGGAUUCUGGGCCAGGAAGCCCCAUGUGUGGCUUCUGGGGCCCCUAUGGGUCCUGCCUUCUCCAGUAGAGAAGAGAUGAGGCACCAGAGGUCAUGGUAACAGUGGUAGCUACUGAUGGCUGAAUGCUGUGUACUGGACAUUAAUCUUACGUGCAUUAUAGGCUUGUCUCAAUCCAACUUUUAUGACAACCCUAGGAGGUAGGUGCUGUCAUUCCAAUUCUAUAGAUGAAGAACAAACUCAGAGAACUCUAGUGACUUGCCAAAGGCAACACAGUAGUCAAGAAACCCUCCCAAAAGACAACACCACUAUCCUAGCAGAAUGUGAUGUCCUGAUUCUCUCAGCAUGCAGUCACUGAGACCCUGCUCUGUGUCAGGUGCUGUGGUAUAGGAUGUCCAGACACAGAAACAAAAAAGUCAUACUACACUGGGAUGGGUAUAACAGUUACAAGAUACAGAGUAGCACAGGAGAGAAUGUUUAAUGCUCUCUGGACUUCUUGGAGGCGGGGAUAGUCUUGAGUUGUCAGCCACUACCUAGGUGGACAAAAUGGGGGAAAGGCACUUCAAGCAGAGGAAAGGACAUACGGAAUAGCACAGAGAUUUGGAACAUCCUGGUAUAUUUGGGGAGGGUAAGCAGAAUGGUUCCUAGAG